AUGGCGGACUCGACCACGCCGCCCAAGUCUGUGCACACCAUUGUGCUCGACGCCGGUCCCAUCCUCAAAAAUACCCCGCCGCUCUCCACCUUGCUCGCACAAUGCGAGGAACUCCUUAUCACCCCGUCCGUGGUCGCCGAAAUUCGUGAUCCAGAUGCCCGGGCAAGAGUGGAAACUCUCUACCUGCCGUUCUUGAAACAGCGAACCCCGACUCCAAAGAGUAUGGCGGUGCUAAGCGAAUUCUCCCGGAAGACUGGCGACAGAGCCGUGCUGAGUAGAACUGAUAUCGAGGUCCUAGCGCUGGCCUAUGAACUGGAGUGUGAGAGAAACGGGGGAGACUGGAGAUUACGGAGUGUUCCCGGUCAGAAACAGGUGAAUGGCAAGCCUCCCGCCAAGGAGGGAGAAGAGACAACGGAAAUCGAGCCUACACAGACCGACAGUAACACGGAGAGCGCAGGGGUGGACUUAGUCACGGAAAAUCUGAAGAAUACUUCGUUGGACGGUGGUAACGAGGAGACACAGCCCGACCCCUCUGCUCCGGAGGUAACGGAGCAUAAUGCUCAAGUUGAGUCCUCGGAGGAAAAACCUGAGGGUGAGGGUGAGGACGAGGCUGCUGAGUCGGAUGGUGGAGAAUGGAUCACGCCUUCGAAUUUUAAGAAGCGGCAGGCCCGCGACGAAGGACUCUCUUCGACGACGCCAGAGCCGAAGGUGAUGCAGGUCGCAACCAUGACAACGGAUUUCGCGUGUCAAAACGUCCUGCUGCAGAUGAACUUGAAUUUGCUUUCGACUACAACUCUACAAAGAAUCCGGCAUCUCAAGUCGUUCAUCAAGCGUUGCCAUGCUUGUUUCCUGACAACCAAGGAUAUGACCAAGCAAUUCUGUCCCCGUUGCGGAAAAGACACCCUCACCCGUGUCUCCUGCACCACCAAUGCCAACGGGCAAUUCACUAUGCACCUAAAAAAGAACAUGCAAUGGAACAACCGGGGCAACCGAUAUAGCGUUCCCAAGCCCGUCCAUGGAAGCGCUAAUGGAAAGUGGAAAGGAGGUGGAGGUAAAGGUGGCUGGGGGACGGAGCUUAUCCUCACAGAGGACCAGAAAGAAUACAGUCGGGCCGCCGCGGAGGAGAAGCGGAGGCUCCGUAAAGAACGAGAUCUUAUGGAUGAGGAUUAUCUUCCGGCUAUUUUGACUGGAGAACGAAACAAGCAGGGAGGCCGCAUCAAAGUGGGCGCCGGUAGGAACGUGAAUUCGAGAAAACGAUGA